AUGGAGAGAAAAAAUACAGCCUGGAAUCUUGACUUCUGUAAAACAGAUAACUCCAACUUUUCUAAAACAGGCGUACUCCGUGGACAGAUGAUGAAUGGUACAUGCAUUAUUUUCAUUUGCAACAGAAAUCCUAAGCUGGAGUGGUACUGUUAUUUGCUGAUUCUGGUUUGCCUUUUCACUUUAUUAACAGGAUUUCUAGGCAAUAUACUUGCACUACGACACUAUGUUUACUGCAUGAAGACAUGGACUACCAAUACCAUAUUUCUCUUUAAUUUGGCACUGUGUGACUUUACUUGGACUCUCAUGGCACCUUUUUCAGUAUAUUAUAAUAUCCAGAAGUUUGCUGUCUAUUUCAGUCAAGCUUUUUAUCAGAUCAUAGGGCUAUUUUUUAGUAUUAAUAUCUAUGGAAGUGUGUAUUUCCUGACACUCAUCAGUUUUGACAGAUACAUAGGUGCUGUUCAUCCCAUCAGUUCAUUAACAUGGUGGGACAAAGAAAAGGCUGUGUUUUGCACCAUCGGGGUAUGGAUCUUCAUAGGGAUUGCAUCGGGGCCUGAGAUUUACUACACAGUUGCAGCUAGAAGACAGCACAACAUCAUAAAUUACCUGGAUAGCACUGAAGAACCAUUACAAUUUGCCGUGCCAUUCACACUCUCCAAAAUUGUACUGAGAUUCCUAAUUCCAGCCACAGUCAUCUUCACAUGCUAUAUGUUGACUCUCAAAGCAUUACUACAAUAUAGUAAACGUCAGCAAAGAAGGAACAGACUUGUUAGGCCUCUGUUACUGAUUUCAGCUGCUAUGAUUGUGUUUGCGGUUUCUUUCAUACCUUACCAUGUUAUGAUGAUGGUGAUACUAAUUAACAGAAUUAAUUGUCAACCACCCUGUGGGAACAUAAGCACAUUAAGUGCCAUUUACAAAGUCACAGAGAUCAUCUGCAGCAUCAACAGUUGCCUUGACCCAAUUAUUUUUACAAUAGCAAAUAAGACAUUCUAUCAAAGAAUUAAAAGUAUAAAAUGUCAUCCCAAGUGCCAGCACUGCUGUUGUCUGAGAGGAAAGGUAAGGGAAAUCACUCUGUCCCUGAGAACAAUGACUUAAACACCAGGGUACAAAGACUCGCAUCUCCAGCUGCUCUUUGGGUUUUGUGUCAUCAGACCUAUUUCAUAUUUUGUCUCCCAUAUUGUACAGAUAUAUCUUGAAUAAACAAGAAUACACAGAAAUGCAGAGUAAAACUUAACAAGACAAGAAAUACUAGCAGCUCCUAGCUUUACAGUAUUGGCAUUUUAAAUAUUGUUGUCAUACCCUAAUUUAUUGUAAAAUAAUACUUCUAUCUGUAUGUAUAUGCAACAUGGAAUAAAAAAAUGAUGAAAAGUUCUAAGUAGCUCCUUUAAUUCUGGGAGAGAAAAAUACAGCAAGAUUAAGAGCAGACAGUGUUGAGGAUCCUCCUAAUUGUUUCUGUUAAUUAUUUCUUCAUCUGUUUUUAAGUGCUGCUGUGAUUGUGAUUGUGCAAUUAAUAACUGUCAGAAUGCUUCCAGCUGAACUGCUUGAGCAUUUGCAGAGAGGCUUUCUACAAGUACUUCAUUUUAAUGCUGCUUGCUCUGGAGCUCCACUGGCAGCAGAACCUCAUUAACCCAGGAAAGUGCAGCACAUUUCCAAAAACAAACGAAAAAUAAAUAGUAAGAUAAAGUCCCUGAGGAUAGUCAGAGCUACACUGGACCUGCUCAUGAGAUAAACAAGCAUGGAUUAGAGAGCUGUGCUAAGUCUUCUCCCAGGCAACAGGAGUUCCCCCCAAAGCCUGGGCAACUACAGAUGUUUGUUAUUAGUGCUCUGCUUCAGAGGAGCCCAUGUUCCACCAGGAACUCUGAACUCCUCAACAGGGAGAAGUCUGCACUGGAAAAGCUCUGAAAUGAAAAGGUGGCCGAGCUGCAAAAAGGGUAAGAGAUGCCACAGAAUGCUUCUGCUCCUUUGGGGUCUUAGCAUCACAGUUUCAGGACAGUCCAAGAUAAUUUGACUACAAUACAUUUUAGUCAUUCAACCAGCACAACAGUCAUCAGAGCAUCCACCUUCAAGAGUCAUUAAAUAUGUGUUCUUUCAUCACACUGUACGGGCAAAAUAAUCAUGUUCCAAUAAUCAGCCACCUGCUGACUUGUUUUUGUGCCAAGUUCCACACAUUACCUUGUUAAUUAUGAAAGCCUAUGUAUCAGUGAGCACAUUAACUUUAUUUUCAAAGUUACUUAUGACAAAAUAAUUUUAAUGUACUUUGUACAAUCUUAGUUAAGUUCCACAGGUUUAAUAUCA